AUGCCAAAGGACGCGGCCAUGGCAGACGGCUUCGGCGGGUGGCUGAAGUCCACCGCCGCCUCCUUGGAAGGCCAUGUCAAGGAGAUCCGCGAGAACUCGAAGCUCAUCGCUGCAGACGUGGCCUCCAACGUCAACCUGGAGAAGGCAGGGCGAAAGAUCCAGCAGACCUUUGGAGGCAGCGGGGUCCUGGCUCCUGCUGGCUUGGAGGAGGUGCGGAUCGACGUGACCUUUCAGGAGGGAAGCCUCGGCCUGAACCUGGACCUCGCCAAUGGGGGACAGGUCAUUAAGAUUACGCCGGGCGGCCAAGCCGACGCACUGGGCCUUCGCCUGGAGGACCGGGUGGUGGCCAUUGCCGGGGACCCGCUGCCGUCGGAGGACUUCUCGGAGCGCCUGAAGCAGCGGCUCAAGCUGCCGCGGCCCGUGGACAUGACCUUUCUGCGGAUGCAAGAGCGCAAGAGAAACCAGAAGGAAGAGAAGGAGGAGAAGGACGAGAAGGAAGAGAAGAAGGAGCCAGAGGCUGUGUCAGAAAUCACUGACCUUCAGGCCAAGCUGGAGACCGCCCUGAAAGACGUGGAGUCCGCCAAGCAGGAGGCUGGGAGUCUCACGGCGGAGCUGCAGCUCCGGAAGUCCUGGGCAGCCCAGGAAGCAGCGGAGCUGGAAGCUCUCCGUGCAGGAGCAGAAGUCCUGAAGGCGGCAAAAGAGGAGGCUGACAAAGGCAAAAUUAGCCUUCAGACUGCCAUAAAGGAAGCUGAAAACCGUGCUUCCCAGAGUGCACAAUGCUUGGAGAAGGAGCGUGUCAAGCUAGAAGCAGCAACUGAAAGUUUGGCUGCGGCUCAGUCAGAGCAGGCUGCGUUGAGGGAGCGCUUGCAAGCAGCAGAACAUUCGCUGAGAGAUCGCGAUUCAGUUUUAGCAGCGGAGGGAGAUGAGAAGACGGCCCAAUUGCAGUCGUCUCUGGCUGAGCUUCAACGCUCUUACGAUGAAGCAGAUACCAGACGGCGGUGUGUGGAGGAGCAGCUCAGACAAGCUGAGAACAGAAAUCGUGAUUCCGAAGCAAGCAUCAGGGUAGCUGAAGACCGUGCUUCCCAGAGUGCACAAUGCUUGGAGAAGGAGCGUGUCAAGCUAGAAGCAGCAACUGAAAGUUUGGCUGCGGCUCAGUCAGAGCAGGCUGCGUUGAGGGAGCGCUUGCAAGCAGCAGAACAUUCGCUGAGAGAUCGCGAUUCAGUUUUAGCAGCGGAGGGAGAUGAGAAGACGGCCCAAUUGCAGUCGUCUCUGGCUGAGCUUCAACGCUCUUACGAUGAAGCAGAUACCAGACGGCGGCAUGUGGAGGAGCAGCUCAGACAAGCUGAGAACAGAAAUCGUGAUUCCGAAGCAAGCAUCAGGGUAGCUGAAGACCGUGCUUCCCAGAGUGCACAAUGCUUGGAGAAGGAGCGUGUCAAGCUAGAAGCAGCAACUGAAAGUUUGGCUGCGGCUCAGUCAGAGCAGGCUGCGUUGAGGGAGCGAUUGCAAGUGUUGGAACAACAGCUGGAGGCGAGCGAGGCAAGGUUCUCAGAGCAAGCACGUACGCACGAGAGGACUUCGAGGCGACGCGGCGGGUGCUGGAGCAGCAGCUGGCGGAGACCAAGGCCUCCCGCGCGGAGCUCCGCGCCGAGCUGCAGAGGGCCGAGGCAGAGCUCGAAGAGAAGGACCAGUGGAAGAGACGCGCCGAAGAGCUGGAGCCGGGAGAAGUGUCUGAGAGGCUGGCCAAGCAGCAGUCGCAGCUGGUGGAGCUACGUGCCGAGCUGCGUGAGCUGCGGCUGGACCGGGACGGUCUCCAGGAGGAGCUCCGCAAGGCCGAGGCCGACCUCCGCCAGGGCCCGCACAACAUGCAGCUGCCGCAAAGCUUUGGGAAGGCGGAGGCUGACCUGGCUGAGGAGACACGGCUGCUUGAGCCCGACAGUAGGCUCGCGGCGCUGCAGGCCAGGCUUGGCGAGCUGGAGGCGCAGAACGCCACGCUGA